AUGCCGGACACACAUGGACUGCCACCACCACCCACCGAAUCAUCGUUCCAGCAGGCAAUUAUGCAAAUCCUGCAGCAGCAGCAACGUCUCAUCGGUCAAAUGGCAGAGCAGAUGUCCACCACCCAAAAAUGCCUUAGGGAAUUGUCCCGCGACGACGUAGCGUUAGAGUCACUCGCAAGCAACAUCAGCGAGUUUAGCUAUGAUCCGGAUCAGGGUUGCACGUUCGAUUCAUGGUACUCUCGAUAUUCGGAUCUGUUCGACAAGGACGCUAAAAAGCUAGAUGACUCCGCGAAAGUGCGACUGCUUGUGAGGAAGCUCAAUCCGAUGGCACACGAACGGUAUACGAGCUUCAUCCUCCCCAAUCUAUCCAAUGCAUUCACCUUCGGUGAAACCAUCGUAAAACUGAAGUCACUUUUCGGGUCCCCAGUAUCCGUGUUCCACCGUCGAUAUCAAUGCCUACAAACGGUCAAAAGUGAUUCAGAAGACAUCUUAGCAUACUCUUGUAAGGUGAACAAGAUGUAUGUCGACUUUAAGCUCUCUGCACUUACAGAAGAGCAGUUCAAAUGCCUGAUCUUCGUCGCGGGUCUCAAGUCGCCCAAAGAUGCCGAUAUUCGAAUGCGUCUGAUUACAAAACUCAACGAAUCGUCGGACAGCACCCUGGCCAAGAUCUUUGAGGACUGCCGGAACCUGUGCAAUCUGAAAAACGACAACGUGAUGGUCGAAAAACAGUCCCCAGUGUCAGUGCAUGCAGUGAAGGAGAAGACCUACAAAAACAACAAGCCCAAACGUAAACAAAUGGGUGAAAAGACGGUUACCGAUCAGCCACGGUCGCCUUGUUGGUCCUGUGGCGGCAUGGACUACUCCAAGGAUUGCCAGUUCCGGGAUCAUCUGUGUCGAGACAAAGCUGUCGGGAAUAAGCGAAGCUUCAACCCCAAGAAGGCAACCAAGGUGGUUUCUGUAAACGCAGUCAACCACGGAAGAAAGUUCACCGAAGUGGAAAUCAACAACGUUCCGGUUCGUCUUCAAGUGGAUUCAGCUUCCGACAUCAGUAUCAUCACCUACGAGAUGUGGAAGCAAAUCGGGAGACCACGAACGCAACCUACGUCCUGCACGGCGGUAACAGCAUCUGGCGAGCCGCUUCAACUAGCCUCUGAGUUCUGGUGCAACGUCUCACUGAACGGAACGUCCAAGAAAGGUUUGUGCCGUGUUGCUAUACCGAACAUUAAUCUUUUCGUUUUAGGAACCGACUGGAUUGAAAUGUUUGGGCUGUGGGAUGUUCCAUUCAACGCAUACUGCAGCCAAGUCGGUUGCCUACCAGCGAAAGGUGUCAAGGAACUGCAGUCAAAGUUCCCCAACGUUUUCACCAACAAAAUGGGUCUUUGCACGAAAACCAAGGUCCAAUUAUCACUUCGUGGAAAGCCCAAACCUCUGUUCCGUCCAAAACGCCCGGUGGCAUUCAGCGUCAAAGGUAGUGUCGAGCAAGAAAUCAACCCUCUGCACAGUCUAGGAGUCCUACAACCAGUCGACUUCUCGGACUGGGCUGCGCCGAUUGUGGUCGUCAGAAAGCCAAAUGGUAGUGUCCGAAUCUGCGCAGAUUUUUCAACCGGGCUUAACAGUGUACUCGAGGCCAACCAGUACCCUCUUCCCCUGCCAGAUGAUAUUUUCGCCAGAAUGUCCGGAUGUCGUGUUUUUAGCCACAUUGACCUUUCGGAUGCCUACCUACAGGUAGAGGUGGACGAAAACAGCCAGCCCUUACUCACAAUCAACACUCAUCUGGGGCUCUACAGAUUCACACGGCUAUCUCCAGGCAUCAAAUCAGCUCCCGGCGCGUUUCAACAGAUUACUGAUGCGAUGACUAGCGGACUUCAAUUCACCUCUGGUUAUCUUGAUGACGCUAUCGUUGGUGGAAGAACAUAG